CGGUAGGGGGAGGAGGGUCCCGUUAACGGUAGGGGGGAGGAGGGUCCCCUCAAUGGUAGAGGGGACAACAAGAGACCACCUGCCCUUCACAGGACUACCUCGGCCCCUGUGACACAUGACCCCAAAGACCUGAAACCCUCACAGUACAGCGGAGGCCCCCGGGUCGAUGACGGCACCUCGUCACCAGUGGGGCACUCUCCAUGCCGAGUGGAAGCACCGUAUACUCAGUCAGGCCACACAAAGGACGAUGCUGAACUCAAGAGUGAGCUAAGUGCAAAGUCCCCUGUUCCUCCCCCCGACCCCUCUGUAGACGCCAGCCCUCUGAAAGUCCAGGCCCUAAGAGCUCUGUUUGGCAGCAGCCCAUUGAACACGCCUGUCAGAAGGACCAAAAUGGAGGGCCACGUGCAGGCGGUGGCUGGGGGGCAGCAGCAGUCAUCAGCCAUGCCAGAGGUGUGCAUCGACGCCACCCUGAACGACCGGCUGUGGAGCAAGCUGGAGCCCAAGCCAGGCAGCCACAGAGACAGCGUGUCCUCAUCCUCCAGCAUAUCGUCCAACGACACUGUCAUUGACCUGUCCCUGCCCAAUCUGGCCAGGAAGAGCCUCACCUGUCAGAGCAACAGAACCUCCCCGGGCGACAUCUUUCCGGACCCACCCUCCUGGGUCAACCGGCCACGCUCUGCCAUAGCCUCCUUCGAGACGCUGCAGGUCAGCAAGAGCAAGUCCAACCCCAACCUCCUGCAGGGCCACCUGGGGGAACCAGAAGACGAACUGCAACCCAGGCCCCUUGGCGCCCACAGGGAGCCUCCAGUGGACUCACCCAGCAGAAUAACCCAGAGGAGGCACACCUGGAGCCGCCUCUACAUGGAAGGGCUGAAGCAUUCCUCCCCCCCAGCCAAGAAGCCCUCUGCUGCCGCAACCAGCCCCCAGGAUACCGUGGCCUCUAUGUCUAAGAGCCUGGGGGACUUGACCUCGGAUGACAUUGCCUGCAACUUUGACAGCAAGUACCGCAGCAUCACCCGCAGCUUCAUCAUUAGGCCUUCCCGGAACGACCUGCGGCAGGGUUACCCUAACCAUAAUCCCCAGAGGCCCCGGCUGCCCAGCGACCUAACUGAGCAGCUGAGGAGGCUGACGGACGUGGAGCCCCUGACAGCUCGUGACUUUGCCCCCCAGGUGACCCAGGGGCCCCUGGAGGAGCCUCAGGAGGAGCCCCCACUACGGAGGACAUCGUCCCGUAGCCAGAGCAGGGUGCGCUACAUCGCCAACAGGGCCAAGCAGGCCCAAGAGAGGCAGAGGCUGCAGUGUCUCAACCAGUCCCACCCUGCUACUGGCGCUGCUAACGCUAGCAUUAGCGGUGGCGGUAGCCCCAUGGAGGAGCGGGGGAACCCGGAGGGGGCGUGCUGCGUAGCCCGGAGCCCCUGCGCUAGCCUGGAUCUGCUGAGCCAGCUCAGCACCCCAGGGCCCCCCAACAGACAGUCCCAGACCUCCCUGAACUCUGACAACAACGAGGUCUUUUUCAUGCUCAAGCUCUGAGAAUCAGACUCCUUUUGGAACUGAGCGUGAGAGAGACAUAGAAGCAUAACUCAUUUAAAAUUCCAUCCAGCUUUCCAGGAAGGUAAAUUGUAAUUUUUAAAGGAAUGACAUUCUGUAUAUCUUGAUAGGAUGUGUUUUUAAAUGUAUUUAAUCAAGGAGAAUCAUUCUACUUCCAGACAGUCACAAGCACAGUUUUUCUCUGAUAAAUGUGUUCAGUAACUCACAUUAACUAUGAACACCUAUACACAGCAAAUGCCUAGCAGGUCACAAAAGAUGGACUAGUCAUUUUUACCACAAUGGUCACAACAAACACCAAAUAAUUGCUCAGAAAUAAUAGAAACAGCAAUGAGUUGUACAAUGAAAGCAUCCUUUACCAAUGCACUCAUUUGUUUGCACCAAAUGAGGAACGGUGGAAUGUGAUUGGAUAAGCAAUGCCUGCCUGACUGUCUAGGUACACAGUGACUUCCAUGUUUGUAUAUGCCUGACUGUCUAGGUACACAGUGACGUCCAUGUUUGUAUAUGUCUGACUGUCUAGGUACACAGUGACGGCCCAUGUUUGUAUAUGCUUGACUGUCUAGGUACACAGUGACGGCCCAUGUUUGUAUAUGCCUGACUGUCUAGGUACACAGUGACGGCCCAUGUUUGUAUAUGCCUGACUGUCUAGGUACACAGUGACGGCCCAUGUUUGUAUAUGCCUGACUGUCUAGGUACACAGUGACGGCCCAUGUUUGUAUAUGCCUGACUGUCUAGGUACACAGUGACGGCCCAUGUUUGUAUAUGCCUGACUGUCUAGGUACACAGUGACGGCCCAUGUUUGUAUAUGCCUGACUGUCCAGGUACACAGUGACGGCCCAUGUUUGUAUAUGCCUGACUGUCUAGGUACACAGUGACGGCCCAUGUUUGUAUAUGCCUGACUGUCUAGGUUCAAAGACUUUUAUGUUUAGAGUAUUCAUUGUGAGUUGAGCUGAUCCUAAAGUAGCAAUAGACGACCAUUAGUGGAGUUUUACUAUUCUAAAACCCUUUUUAAACUUCAAAUUUUAACUAUGUAUAUACUGUACUUUUAAAAUGUGUAGAGAUGUUUUUUUUAAAAAUAUUUAUUGAGCCAGUAGUUCUGAAAGUAGCGCUCAUGAGACAAAACUGGUCCUCGAAAAUUGCGUACUACGACACGUGCAGGUAUGUGCAUCACAUCUUAGCUUUCUCUUUUGCUCUGCUUUGUGUGUAUCUUGCUAGCUGUCACUCAAACGGCGAGGGGCUGAAGCUCAUUGGCUUGAACUUGAAUUGCUAGGGGGCUGACCCAUGUGGGAGAAAAUUUAGGGAAAAUGGCACCUCUCACCUUCCAGCUUUCAAACUAGAGAUUCCGUGGCUAAUUUGAGGUUAGACAGUAAUUAUUCUCAUAGAUUCUGCAUGUAUGAUUUACAUGUUGACACAUGCAGCCCAAAGUGGGAGGUUUAAUAAAUACUUACUAGUCACCAAUGUUCUUGAGCAUGUCUUUGAAUUGAAUAAUAAUCUGCGUUAACUCAUUAUAUAUCACCAGUAGCCCAGCCAUGUGCUAGAAAUAUUUGUAAACAACUUAAACAAGUGUAAUAUAUUGCAGAUUAUGGAUUUAAAAAAGAUUGUUGUUUAGUCAAUGUGGAGUCUUUACUGAAAAGGAUAAGAGUAAAUGGCAACAAUAAUGAUUAUUUUUCCUAAAAAGUCUUAAAUCCAACUUUUUACAUUUUGUGAGUACAGUGAAGUGUGAUUUGAGUGAGCUGCCAGUGAUUUGGAAAGCUGUACCAUACAAGUUAUUCUACUUAAAGACCCCUGCUACCUGUUUUUAUUUGACUGCAUGUUUUUUAAACACUUAUGUACGUCUCUCUUAUUUUAUUAUACAAAAAAAAAGUUUUUUAUAUGGGGAACUGAUUUGUCGACGACUUCUUGUCUUACUCAGUGUUCAGGCUGUUGAAGGAUGAUUGGUUACACUGUCUUUGUAGAUACUCAACCAGAUAGCAUUGACCCUCGUUUCCAAGCAUGUUUAUUUGUUCUGUACAGUUUGCACUGCCAUGCCAGUUCUCCGCAAAACUUUAGGAACAAUAUUGAAGUAAAAACCAGAUGUAAUUAUGAACUGAAUAAAUCUCUCUUGUAU